AUGGAGAAGAAAACAAUCAUGACGGAUAACGACUCACUACAAGUGAUCAUGAUGGAUAGUCAUUUAGCAGAUAUGAUGGUAAACUGCUCAAACCUGCUGGAGAGCAUCGACCCUCCGUUCCCGGCGCUUUUAAUUGACGACAGAGUAAUUGAAAGUCUGAAUCGAACUGAAUGUGGAAGAACACCUACCAUGAUCCGCCUGGGAGUAAAUACGCGACUGUUGACGUCCGUUGAAAAAGAGAGUUAUUUUCAAUAUGAAAUUGUGUUUUACGAAAAUUUUAAAGACAAGGACCACCUCCGGUUCUACGAUUUACCGACGAGAAUCAUUCCAAGGGUACCCGUUUGGGUCCAUGGAAAUCUUUCGAUUCCUUGGGACGUAAAGCGCUUCCUCGAGUUUUGGAAGCGUUCCAAGUUAGUGCAGUGCCGAGGGAUGAAGGUCGUUCGAAGUAUGCAAAGUCGCUAUCUUCCAUUAGAGAAGACGCUGCAGACGAUGUCUUCUCUCAUGUCUUAUCUCACGGAUUUCGACAUAUAUCCAUUCCUUUGCGGCGGCACCUUGUUAGGUUGGUAUCGGGAAUGUGACAUUAUUCCACAUACAAAGGAUGUCGACUUUGCUGCUCUGAUUGAGGAACACAAUCCAAGUCUUCUCACACAUCUACAAAGCAACGAAACAAAAUUUCGCCUCACCAGACUACUUGGACGGGUGAACGAUUCAUACGAGUUUUCGCUUCAACCACUUGGUGGCGGAAGGCCCUCCAUCGAUCUUUUUUGGAUGUACAGCACAGAAAACAGUUCCUGGGUUGGAGGAACAGCAAAGGAUGGGUCGAAGUUCAAGUACACCUACCCAAGGAAAGAGCUGUUGCAGCACAUAAAGUGUGAGGAUGGUAAGGAUUUCCUCAUGGAUAUAACGGCGUUUGUACGGACGGCCUGUAAAUGA